CAGAACUACGUUUCCCAUCGGGCAUCGGGGCGACGCUCCCGGAGGCUCGGGCUUCUUCUACCUGUAUUAGAAGCCGCGUGCGGCUGGAUUGUUGCGACCGAUAUUCCGCCGAGUCGCCGCGAUGCCGAAAGCCAAAGGGAAGAGCCGGCGGCAAAAGUACAACUAUAAUGUCGACCGCAAGAAGCAGAACAGGGCUUUCCGCAAGCGCGCGGCGCCCCGCAUAAAAUGGUGAGUGGCCGGGAAUUGGGGUGAAGUGGAGGCGCCAGGUGGACUUGGUGGAGAGAGGGCGUCAGAGAGAGAGGAGCGGGGCUCCUCUGGCCGACCAACCUUCGCGUCUUAGCCAGGUGGGGAUGGGGCAUGUUGGAUCUCCGCAGGGCUCACUCACUCAGGACUGGCCCAAGGUAUUUUGGCACCCGAGGUGAACCACAAAAUGUUGUGCCCUCUCGGAGGCCCUGCAGAGCCGGAUGCCAAAGGAAGAAAAAUAGAAUUGUAGAAUUGAAAGGGACUCCAAGAGUUAUCUGGUCCAACCCCUUCAAUGCAGGAACUGGCCAUCUCUAGAAGCACAGCAGAACCUGCUGGCUUCUGCACUGCCACCUUUUUUCCCAGCUUUAGCCAGUCACCGAAGUUAAAGCUGAUAAAAGUACAACCCUCCGUUUGUUUCAUUUUUGCCGUUACUGGCGAGAAAGGCUGUUCUGUAAUCCCUUCUACGGUGCCAUGUACCAUUUUUUAGCCUAAAGGUACAUGAUGCAGCCGUUUGGCUGAAGCUAAGCAGGUCUCAUCAGCAUCAGGAUGGGUGACCACCUGAGAAUCCUGUGAAUCUUGAACUCCAGGAGGGGAGAAAGGUGGAAUAUAAACCAACCAACCAACGAAAUACAAAUAAGUAAAUGCUGUACGGUGUUUUCUACAUAUCCUGCCCAUGGAAGACAGAAUGCUUUUCUGUCAUUCGUAAUGCUUGGGAGCAAUUCUGGAGGGUAUUGAUUACACCAGAUCAAGUACAGUACUGAAUUGCCACUGGGCAAAGUUAAUGGUACCGUAGUUCAAAGACCCUUCCCAAGCUAGACCUAUCAGUAAAUCAGAUUUAAAAGUACUCCUGUGGAACCAUGUGGUAGUAGACACCUCAUAUGUAGUAGCAUUCUACCUACUUUCCAUGUGUUGAAAGACUGCAGGCGUUCAAGGAAACAAACAGGCUUCUAAAAUUAAUGAAAUCAGGCAUAACUGUCUAGAGUAGACAAAUGUGGCUAAUAUUUUCUCUAAGUUAGUUGUGUGGCCAUUCUUAUUAGAGAGGGGAAGAACCCCUUCAAGAAUGCUUAAUAUUAAUGUAUGAUUCUUUCCUCCUCUCAACCCCCAUCUCUGUUCAGUACCCAAAUCCGACACGCCUGGGAUAGGACCAAAACUGUAAAGCAGAACCUGGCAGAAAUGGGCCUGGCUGUUGAUCCAAACAAGGCUAUACCUAUUCCGAAAACAAUGCAACAGGUGAGUAGUGAUAUGUAAGGUAAAGUUUCCAGGUUGGGAGUUCAGCCAAAACCAGUUUAUGGGUGAUGGAUGCAGUCCCAGCAAGACAAUAUGUACAAAGUGGCAGCUGCAGAAAUAGCUGGGGAAAUUUCUGAGUAAGGAAAUGCUAUAUCUAAGACAUAAGGUCUCAUGUGGUGUUUGGCUAGACACAAGGUAUGCAUGAAAGCAGUUGCUAAAAUGUUAUUUCAAACCUGUUUGUGAGAACAUAAAAAGGUAGUAUUUCAAACUCAUUUACACUUUCCCACUUCACCCUUCAUACUAGAUACAAUGGUCAAAAUGAUAAAAAACUUUAUGAGUCAGGGAAACCACGGGCAAAAAAGUUUGCUUGCUUGCUUGCUGCAUUUAUAUCUUGCCUUCUUCUCCAGUGAGCUCAAGGUGGCACGCAUGGUUCUCCUCUACACAAUAACCCUGUGAGGAAGUUAGGCGGUGAUUGACCCAAGGUUACCCAGUGAGCUUUGUGGCCGGGUGGGGGUUUGAACCCUGGUCUCCCAGGUCCUAGUCCGAUACUCUAACCACUACACCACAGAGGUUGUAUCAUUAGAAGUCCUUUGAAACCACCAAUGGGUGCUGCAUAGAUAUUUUAUAUCUAUGUCAUUUUAAAUUGUUAUUGAUGUUAAUGUUGUAUUUUUAGUUUUAGAUUUUAUGAUUUAUGUGGAAAUUGUUUUCCAUUUGGUUUUGCAUCUUUUGAUGUGUUUUAUUUAUUGUUUAUGACUUUUGUUAUGUUGGUAAUUAUAUAAAUCUUGGCAUGUUGUAAGCCGCCUUGAGCAUAGUUUCAACUAUGGAAAGGCGGCAUACAAAUAAAAUGAUGAUGAUGAUGGUCAGAAGCACAAAUGGUCAGAUGGAGAGUUUGGUGAAUUCCAAACCUUGGGAUGUUUCCAUGGUAUUUCUGCUGAUCUAGUAAAAAUCUCCAUCUUUCUGUGGCGCCCUUGAUGAGGGAUAUAUUUGACACCCUACGAGAGGUGGUCGACUCUUCUUCCUUGGAGGUUUAUGAGCAGAGAUUGGAGGGCCACCUGUCAUGGAUGCUUUAGCUGAGAUUUCUGCAUUGCAGGGGGUUGGACGAGAUGAUCCUCGGGUACCUUCCAACUCUAAGAUUCCGUGAUCCCAACGUUCCUUGGAACAUAAAUUGUGUGGGUUUGUGAAAGUACUGCAGAAUGACUUUCCUAAUGAUAACUUAUUCUAGGGAUGCUACCAAAAUUUGAGUUACUUAGUAGUCUGAAAUGACUGCAUUGGUGAAGUACCAUUGCAUCAUGUUUGCCUUAAGUGUUACCGCAUUUGCCCUUUUGUGAAAGACAAAUCUAGUGAAACUUUGUUAUUCGGGUGCGUUUAUCUUCUCCAAUUAAUAUUAAUGAGAAUGAUGAAAUUAGAAAAACAAAUGGGGUGGUUGGGAAUCCUUUUAAGUCCUUAAGGAAAGAUGAAAACAUGCCAGCUAAGGCAUUUAUAAAGUUAGGUAGCAUUUUAUAGAGCAUACAAAGCAAUGCAUAAUAAAUGUAUUGGUAUAAAACAUGAUCUACCAUGUCUUUUAAAAUGCAGGUGCUGAAAAUGGAAGUGGAUGGACAAGAAGCAAAUGUGAAAACUGUGCGGAAGCCAUAUGUACUAAAUGGUUGGUAAUAGCUUCAUAUUGGCAAUGAAUAUGUUGGCCUGAUGCCUCAUACUGAAACCUUUUACCUGAACUGUUGUAACUCUAAAUCCUGAGAGCAACCAUUUAUCCUAUUCAAAUUAAGUGCAGUAUUCUGGAGUGUAUCAGCUCUCAUUGUUAGGGAAACACUGGUGAUAUCAUGCAUAGUCUUUUGUUGUUGUGUGCGGUUUUUAUAACUUGGAGGCCACUUCUGUCUGAACCAACCCCCCGCACCCAUUUUCUGUUAGACCCCAAAAGCUGGCCGGCCACAAAAGGAUCACACCGCAUGGCCAACUGCUGGUUUCAAGAGGAAAUGUGGGUGACUUCAAUGAUCCUACUAGUUGAAUCUAGCUGUAUUUAUUCUGCUCGAAAAAGGCCACACAGGGUGCAAAAACGCUUCCCUCUUCUUCACUGCCUUUUCUUUUUAACACUUAAAGAGUUGGAAUCUGAGGCCAGCCUCCCAGAGAAGAAGUCAGAGACGCUCUCCCGAGAUCUUAUUGACUAUGUCCAGCACAUGAUCCGGAGCCAUGGUGAAAACUACAAGGUAGGCACUCUUUGUUCUAGAAGCUCCACAGCGAAUGGUUGCAGCUGCUAGCAUUAGAAUGUCCAAUUUUCAGUAUUUCCUGGUUUCUCUGUUUUUUAAAAAACAAAAACUGCUGAGCUCACUCGAUUCCCUGUUUGCUUCCUUUUUUUCAUCCAUAGUGCUUUCCUGUACCCUGAGCUGAACUCAGUCUACAUUUUCUGACUGCACUCCUGUGGUUGUAAUUUUCCAUUUGCUUUGUGCACAGCCACUUGUUGACUCUUGGUGUACAGUAUACUGCUUGCUUUCUGGGUGUGGGAGGCCUCCUUAAGGCUGAGGUAGCUCAUUACAACUUUACUCUUCGCCUCCUAGGCUAUGGCACGUGAUGAGAAGAACUAUUACCAGGACACACCAAAGCAAAUAAAGAGGAAAAUCAAUGUAUAUAAACGCUUCUACCCUGAGGAAUACCAGACCUUUGUUGCCUCUCUGCAGCCAGAGAAGAUGGAACAGCAAUGAUUUUACUCACCAAAGAAAUGGACAGAAGCAGCUGCACCUAUAUUAUUUCAGAUGCUAGUUUGCCCUCAAGUGACUUCUGGUCAGGGACUGAAAUGUUGGAUUAUCUAUAACUGUGUCCUUUGAAGAGAGAAGAUGGGAAGGUGUUUAUGUAGAUGGGACUUUGUCUGACCUCUAAUUGUUGGAGAGCCCUUGCUGCAUUCUGCUUGCACCAUCUUAGCUUUGGGAUAGAUCCCUGUUGAAAUAAACUUCUUUCCCAAGCCCCGAGUCAGUAACAAAGCACAGCCAAAGGAUGUUUCCUGUUCUUGCUGUGUGAGUGACAAGCAGCUUUGCCAAACCAUCUGCAGAACAGGUGGGGAAGACUGUCCUCAGGAAAUUUUGGUGCAUCAUCCAGCUAUGGAAACAAGAAGUUGUGGUAAACCAUUGUAAUCAAAAGUCAGUAUGUUUUCAAGCAUUCUUUUAUGAAGAGUAAAAUAUUUCCCUUUCUUAAAAAAAAAAAAAGUUUCUUUAAAAAAUUGGUCUC